UGGACGCUUUCACGUAAGGUUGUUAGCUCGUGCUUAAGCUAACGGCUGUGAUUACUUCCAUUUAGCUCACGCGAGAACAACAAUACUCAAGACUUAGAGCUUGAAUACAUUAAACUAAAAAACAUACUUUUCCCCUCUUGACAUGCUUUGAAACGAGAAAUUUUGAACGCUCAUUUUUAAGGGGUUAACUAAAGCUUUACAGUUUGAUGCUGGUUAGUUACUGAAUUGCUGAUGCAAACCUUUUUGAGCUAAUGCUAAUUGUUUGGCUGUUUAUUUUCUCCCAAACAUGGCGACACCCUAAGUCAUAUCUGAGUUCAGAUUGGAAUGUAUUAGAGAUUUUAGAAAUUCUUUUACCAAGCUAGCUGUCAAUGACUGGGGUCAUGUUAUCUAUAUAAGUUCCUGCUUUACACAAUGUUAGUUAUCUUCUUUUCAACAUUGUAAUUUGACGUCCAGAACAUUCUCAGUGAAGGUGUCAGGUAUUUUUUUUAGCUGGAGGUUUUUGACAAAUUUUUUUGACUCAAUAUUUGUUUUUUAAAAAGAAUGCUCAAACAUUCAGAAAUUAAUUAUUUCCCAUCAUUUAAAUCCAUUUUCUUCUAGGUUGUUUUUUUGGCAAGAGGGGCACUAUUAUUCCUCUGAGACAUGUCAUGACCUUAUCAAGCUUCCUGUCUGUGGAUAAACAGAUAUAUUCCUUCCGCUGUCAUCCCUGAGGCUGCUGAUGCCCCCUCUGCGGCUGCUGUCUGCAGCGAUGUGGCAAGUGGCUCAGCAGAGAGACGUUCUUCAUUAUGAGAAGCUGGACGAGUUUGUGACAAUGGUGACGGCGACAGUCCCGGACCUGCUCAGCCCGAAGCAGAGAGGAAAGCUGCUUCUGCGACUGCGAGCCAAAAUCAUUCUGGAGUUGUGCAGAAGCGAGGAAACAGCCAACGCUGUCUAUGUGCAGCCUCACCUGGAGCGAAUCCGCCCACUGGGAUACUCGGGGAGUGGGGAUGCAGAGGUGGAUGCAGAGGAGGCCAUUUUUGUGGAACUAAUCCAGACCCUAUUGAAUGACCCAGCAGAGAAGGAACACUUUUACCAGGAGGUUUUUCCAGCAGAGUAUGGCCUCAGCUACGAUUCGGACAUGCAGCUACUCGUGUGGGAGUUUCUUUCCAAACUGGAGAGACUCCUGCCAGUGCCAGACCUGGCUCAGGCUGUUUCAUGGCUCACCUCUGGCCCCUCUGUGCUGAUGGAAUGUUUGCAAGCGCUCUCCAGCCCCGAUGACUUGAGGUCUCUUCUGCAGCACCACAAAAGCCUGGAGUCCCUCAGAGCACAAGGUACCAGGGUGGAGAUGUCCAGUCAGGUCUUCGCCUGCUCGGAGUGUCCGUUCUUCCACAUGCAGGAGUCGUACCUGCAGCAGCACAUGCAGCGCAGCCACCCUGACCAGUACGGCCGGCUGCAGCGGGCGGCCCAGACGGCCCCCGGGAGCAAGCCCCGGCGCCCCGCCUUCCCCCAGCCCUUCCCCAUCCACCAGCGGCCCGACCCCCACGCCUGCCGGGACUGCGGCAAGACCUUCACGCGCGCCUCGGACGUGACGCGCCACCAGCGCACGCACACGGGCGAGCGCCCCUACGCCUGCCCGCAGUGCCCCAAGGGCUUCCGGAACUCCUGGGACCUGACCCGGCACCAGCGCGUGCACACGGGCGAGCGGCCCUUCCUCUGCUCGCGCUGCGGGAAGCGCUUCACCCAGAUGGGGCUGCUCAAGCUGCACUUCGAGCGCGGCGCCUGCGGCCAGGCCGCCGGCCCCCCGCUGGACCUGACCACCGAGGUGGUGGUGGCCCAGGAGGCGCCGGGGAGAGAGGGCGGGCAGUACAAGUGCCAGAAGUGCGGCGAGAGCUUCGGCAGCAUCCUGGAGCGGCUGAGGCACCGGCAGAGGCACGCGGCCAGGCGCCAGUACAAGUGCCCCCAGUGCGAGAAGCUCUACGGCCGCGCGUCGGACCUCCGGAGGCACCAGAUGAAGCACACGGGCGAGCGGCCCUUCGGCUGCGACUGCGGGAAGAGCUUCACGCACGUGUGGCUGCUGAAGAAGCACCAGCAGGUGCACGUCCGGGAGCGCCCGCACCCCUGCCCCGAGUGCGGCAAAAGCUUCACGCAGCUCCAGAUCCUCAGCCGCCACCUGCUGACCCACAACGGCCGCCGGCCCUUCCAGUGCCCGGCCUGCGAGAAGAGCUUCACCCAGCUGGCCAGCCUCACGCGGCACGAGAGAAUCCACACGGGGGAGCGGCCUUACGCCUGCGUCACGUGCCACAAAGCCUUCCUGACCAACGGCGAGCUGGCCAGACACCAGCGCAGCCACAGCAGCCUGCGCCCCUUCGGCUGCCCGCAGUGCCCCAAGAGCUUCAAAACCAAACGCUCUCAGACGGAACACCUCAACAGCCACGCGGGCCAGCGGCCCUUCGAAUGCGCCCACUGCGGGAAGCGCUUCACCAAGUCCACCUCGCUCAUACGCCACAACCUGACCCACACGGGCGAGCGCCCUCACCAGUGCUCGCAGUGCGGCAAGGCCUUCAUCACGUCCGGAGAGCUGCUGCUGCACAGCCGCGUGCACACGGGGGAGCGGCCCUACCCCUGCUCCUACUGCCCGAAGAGGUUCAGGUGCUCCUCCGACCUCAACAUGCACGUCCGCACGCACACGGGGGAGAAGCCCCACAGCUGUCUGCUCUGCAGGAAGGGCUUCUCCACGUCCACCCGGCUGAAGAGACACAUGCGCACACACACCGAGAAGGAGGUGGUGGAGGAAUCGUUAAGCCUUUGA